GACACUGAAGUGUAUAAAGCCUCCACUAAGGAUGACAUCACCAAGUGGCAGAACGCUCUUCGUGCUCACGGCACCACCGAUUGGCUGAUUGUGGUGGUGGAGAGCGAAUCCAAGAAAAAGAACAAAACCAACAUCUUACCGCGAACCUCAAUCGCCGACAAAAUCCGGAGCGACUUCUGCAACAAGCAAAGCGACAGGUGCAUGGUGCUGGUGGACCCUCUGAAGGAAACGUCCCGCUCCCAGGAGUCCUGGUCCCUCUUCCUGUCUAAGCUGCGGACUUUGCUUCUCACUUCCUUCACCCGUAACCUGGGACACUUUGAAGACGACAUGAGAACGCUGCGAGAGAAGAGGACGGAGCCCGGCUGGAGCUUCUGCGACUACUUCAUGGUGCAGGAGGAGUUGGCCUUUGUCUUUGAGAUGUUGCAGCAGUUUGAAGACGCUUUGGUCCAGUAUGAUGAGCUGGACGCCCUCUUCUCCCAGUAUGUGCUGAACUUUGGCGCAGGCGAUGGGGCCAAUUGGCUGAGUUCCUUCUGUCAGCCGGUGCAGAGCUGGGAUGGUCUCACCUUACGGAAGCCGAUUGACAUGGAGAAACGAGACCUGAUCCAGCGCCGUCGAGCCAACCUGCUGGAGCUGCGCAGCUACCUGUUCUCCCGACAGUGCACCCUGCUCCUCUUCCUGCAGAGACCCUGGGAGGUGGCGGGACGGGCCCUGGAGCUGCUUCAUAACUGUGUGCAGGAGCUGCGACUGCUGGAGGUGUCCGUCCCCCCGGGGGCCCUGGACUGUUGGGUGUUCCUGAGCUGCCUGGAAGUUCUGCAGAGGAUUGAAGGCUGCUGUGAGAGGGCGCAGAUCGAGGCCAAUGUCUCCCACAUGGUGGGGCUGUGGAGCUAUGCCACCGAGAAGCUGCAGGCCCUGGGAUCCCUGUGUGGUCUGGUGUCGGAGUCCGGCCCUUGCUCGGAGGACCUGCAGAGGACGGUGGACCUACUGGCGGGUUUAGGAGCAGAGAGGCCAGAGACGGCGAACACGGCUCAGAGUCCAUACAAGAAGCUGCAGGAGGCGCUGUCCUCAGAGGACUCCUUUGAAAAGCAUUACCUGGACCUGGCACACGCCACUAUAGACAUGUACAGCAGCAUCGGGAGGAGCCGAUCCGCCAAACUGCUGGGGAAGAACCUGGCCGACUUCUACAUGAAGAAGUCUCAGCCACAGAAGGCAGAACCCUAUUUACAAGCAGCACUCCGCAUGUACCAGAUGGAGGGGUGGGCGCUGCCCCUCACCCACACCCGUAGACAGCUGGCAGAAUGUCAGAAGCUGCUGGGGCAGACCGAGCC